AUGCACUUCACAGGCUCCUCCUUGUCUCCUUGCUUUGACUUUCCCACCUCCUGCAGGCUGUCAUCCUCUGUUGGCAUUUGCAUAUUGCAAGGGAAUAAAAUCUCAGUUCUCUCAGGAGUGAAUCAGAGUGUUAUGGGAACUGAGCACUCCAAGAACGAGGAGCGAAGGAGCAUGGUUUUCCUUAGGAAAGGCCCAAAGCUGCCUGCAUGGGAAGACGCCCUUCUCGCAGGGAGAGAGCCCAAGUCACUGCUGAAACGGGGAUUGCGUUAUGUCAGCUUGAGCCUCAUAAUGAAAGGGAUGACCAGCACACCUGACUUCUUGUGGGGACUGCACGAGGUGCAGAAGCUGAACCUUUCACGCAACCAGCUGGUGGUGAUUCCUCCUUCGCUGGGGAAGCUGGACAGGCUGGUAGUGCUGAACUUGGGUGGCAACUGCCUCAAGUGUCUGCCUAAGGAGAUCGGGCUGCUGAGGAACCUGAAGGUCUUGUUUGUCAAUAUGAAUUGCCUGAAAGAAGUGCCAGCAGAGCUCAGCUUGUGCAGGAAGCUGGAGGUUCUGAGCCUCUCACACAACUGCAUCUCACAACUGCCUUUGAGCUUCACCGACCUGACAAGUUUGAGGAAACUGAACCUCAGUAACAACCGCUUUGUGCAAAUUCCUCUCUGCAUUUUCGCCCUGAGAAGCUUAGACUUCUUGCACCUAGGGUCCAACAAGCUGGAAAACAUCGCAGAGAGUAUCCAGUAUCUGGUCAAUCUGCAAAUCUUUAUUGUAGAAAAUAACAACAUACGCAGUCUGCCACGGUCUCUGUGCUAUGUCAGCACCCUGGAGCUGCUGAACGUUGACUACAAUGCCAUCCAGAGCCUCCCAGAGGACCUGUACCUGCUGCGCCGGCUGCGCCGCAUUGCCUGGAACCCGAUGGACAAAGGCCUCCACAUCGCCCACAACCCCUUGUCCCGGCCCCUGCCUGAGGUUGUUGAGGGGGGGCUGGACGUCCUCUUCAACUACCUCAGGGACAAAAAGGAGCACAACUGAGCUUCUGCUGAGCUUGGGAUUAAGCCUGUCAUCAAGACUCAAUCACAUCAGAGAGCUUUCCUGCACAGGCAUUUCCACUUCAUAAUGCUUGGAUUUUGAAGGCUGUGGAUGGCUUUAGUAACAGUUGGAGGAAAGCAAGUAAAGUACAAUGGUCUUGAUUAAGUGUGUGAAGAGCAAACUUUCUAAAAAUAGCUACCUCUGUAACCUUCACUGUUGUGAUACUUGGGGGUUUUUUUAGAAGAAAACACAACAACAAACUUGUGAUAAAAUAUUUGCUCUUCAUUUGACAGAAACAAGUUAAAGCAGACUGCUGGAUGUGCAGAAAUGUGUAUUUGACAGCUAUUAGGUUGGAGAAAUAUUAAUAUAAAUUAGACUUUCUCUCUGUGAUUGCCGUUGCAUUUCUACCCCUGCUCACUUCUUCAUACACAGGUAAACCAUGACAUAAACAAACACUGCUAUCUAAGUGAAUCUCAAGGAAAAUGUUUGCUUUGGGCAGUGAAUAUAUCCUGAGCUAUAUUAGCUCACAGACAGUAUAUUACUGGCCAGUUCAAUACCACUUGUUGUUUACCACACAGCUGUGCUCUGGCUUGUAUAAAUUACAGGUAGAGAUUGCCAGUGAUGAGGCAAUUUCCCAGUUCUUUGGAAGUAGAUCCCAAACUUCCCCAGAGCUCCUCGUACCCCUGGUGAGACAAGCAACCCUUCCCUGGAGCCUCCUAGGAUGCUGACAGCAGUGCAUCACAGCCGGGAGCAGCAUCUGCACAAAGCAGAGAAAGGACUGUGGCUUCUUCCCUCACACAAAGGAUGGAGUUGCUCAUUGUUACACGUACAACUGCUCUCCAUUCCCUUUCCCAUAUCCCUGCAAUCCAAGCUAUGGAGUAACUUUACUCAGGAGGCAGUACAUCUCCUAAAGUUGAAAUAUUUCCUUCAGGAAAAGCAGCAUCAACCCAGUCAUCACCUUAAGUAAGAGCUUCAAAAACAAAUAGUUAUUUCUGGGAUUUUCGGUAUCAGCCAGCAGCAUAAAAGUCAAGUCUUAUGAGGUUUCUCAUAUUGAUCUUCUGUGAAUGUCCUUCAUCAAAGUUUUAUCUGGUAAUAAAGAGGCAGUAUGAAAGAGCUGUUAACAAUUUAUGCAACUUGGGUUUCUUGUUCCCUCACACCAGUGUAAAACAGAAGCAGCUCUGUUGAAAUCAGUUGAGAUAAAUGCUUGUAAUGGCAGUGUAAGAGAGGAAUGAGACUGUAAUUCUUGAGCUAAUUAUGAGUAUUCAAAGCCAUUUUCAAAGUGCUUCCUAUGUCAAAUCUCAGGAAUCAAUGAUUACUUUCUAAAACAUAAUUUGUUCAAAAUUAUAGAAGGCUGUGAAAGACUGAUCCUGCUUCUAGUGAAGUUAAUGGGCAAUCCCUGGCUGAGGGAAAAGCUCCUCAGCAGAGGUAGGAGCAGCCUGAUAAAGCAGACAAUUAUGUAAUUCAUAGGUACAUGUGAGUAAAGACAGCACCUUUGCGCACACUGACAUUAUCAGUGUGGUGUUGAAUGCUAGCAAUGAGGAAUUGCUGCUCACAGAAUAUUCCACCCUGGGUCUGCCUGACCUGAUAUUUUAUUGUGUUGGAUUGUUUUGUGUAUGAUUUAUAUCUUAACUGAGAAUUUCAGUGUUAGGCCUGGAAAUCACAGUCUCCAAGUGUGCAGUCAAGGACAGAUCUUAUGUUUCUAGCAAACAUUAAACCUUUUUGAAGGGCAUAUUUGCUCAAGCAUUAAGCAAACAAAGCAAGAAAACAAAUAUUUUGUGAUUUUUUUUACUUAAUAUAUAUUUCAAAUGCAAAGAUAUUUUAAGUGUAGCUUUACAUGUAUUUAUUUCACCUAUGCAAAAUUCCAAGUUUUUAAUGAAAAAUGCAUCUAAUAAAUUAAUAUGUGAUUCCAUUAGCAACAAGGAAUAAAGCUGCAAUUAUUUUUAGAAAUACCAACAGAUAAUUCUUGGAGGGGAUUAGGGACAGAUUAUUAACUUUUCUAAAUGCUCAUUUCAUAUCCCUUAGUCUGGCAUUCACGUAAACACUGCAAUAUUGCUUUGCAGGAAAAUUAGAUGCCUAUGGCAUUAAUCACCUGAAAAGAUUUUCCACGUGUCAGUAUCCAGGAUUAUAUGACACCAGAUAGCCUCUGAUAUGAUCUGACCAGGAGAGGUAUGCACAGUAAUUUACAUGGAAGAUGUGAGGCUGGACUGCGUGUGUUCAUUAGGAUAUCACUAUGAGGGUGAGAAACAGUGAACGAUUCAAGAAAAUGAUCUCCAGACAGAGGAUUAAAAGGCAAAUUUGACAUAAUCAAAUGCAUCUGCAAAAGCAGUUAUAAUAUGAAGUGCAAUACCAAUAAUUUAAAAUUAAAUUACUCAAUUGAAUAAUAAUGACCUUUUACUCAAGC